CCUUGCCCUGGAACCGAGUCCCGGCUGAGUCCACGUGGUUUGUGCUGGAGAGGCCGGUGAUGCUGAGGUAACCAUGGCGACCCUCUUCAGUAACGAUGGGGCCGAGGUGGUCCAGAGGGCCCUGCCUGCCAAGGAGUCGAGUGGCAGGACCCCUGCUGAGGCCCUCGAUGAGUUCUACGAGCUGGAGCGAGCCGCGGCCUUCGUCACAGCAAGCGAGUUUCAUCGGGUUGCCCUGCAGUUCCCUGACGAGCUCCUGGUCGAUUCAGCCGCCGUCGCAGCUAAGAUGGAGGAGGCGACCGGCAGCAAAAUGUACAUCCUGGGAGACACGUCGUACGGCAGCUGCUGCGUGGACGAGGUGGCUGCGGAGCACGUGGGGGCAGAGGCCGUGGUGCACUACGGCCCUGCGUGUCUCAGCCCCUGCAGGAAGUUGCCGGUGCUGCACGUGUUUGGCCGACAGCCCCUGGACACAGAGCGCUGCGCGGGGGCCUUCCGGGAGCUCUACCCUGACCCCCAGAGCCACGUGGUGGUGCUGAGUGACGUGGUGUACGCCCAUGCGCUAGGUGAGCUGGAGCAGCUGCUGGGCCCCGAGUACCCCCACGUCGUCUUCUCCCGCCUGGCAAGUGAGGGGGCAUCCGACUGCCCCCAGGGCCCGGGGCUGGUGCGGCAGUUCGGGCGCUGCUUUGCCGUGGCAGCACGGCGCGAGCUGCAGGACCACGCCGUGUUCUACGUGGGCGCCGAGGGCCUGACCCUCACCAACUUCAUGCUGAGCUGGAACCGCUGCCCCUUCAGCUCCUUCAACCCGGCCACAGGCUGCGGGCGGCACGAGAGCCUCGACGCCAACCGGGCACUGCUGCGGCGCCUCUACCUGGUGGAGCGGGCCCGGGACGCCCGCGUGGUGGGCAUCCUGGUGGGCACGCUGGGUGUGGCCGGCUACCUCUCCAUCCUGGAGCACUUGCGGGGCACCCUGCGCCGGGCUGGCAAGCGCAGCUACACCCUGGCCAUGGGCAAGCUGAGCCCUGCCAAGCUGGCCAACUUCCUGGAGGUGGACGUGUUCGUGCUGGUGGCUUGUCCCCAGAACUCCCUGCUGGACUCCAGGGACUUCUACCGGCCCGUGGUGACACCCUACGAGCUGGAGCUGGCCUGUAACCCAGCCCGGGAGUGGAGCAGCCUCUACGUCACCGACUUCAGAGACCUGCUGCCAGGUGGCUGUGCACAUGUCAGCUUCCCAGACACGGUCCCCGGGGACAGCGACGUUCCUGACGUGUCGCUGAUCACUGGGGAGCUGCGUGCGACUGGGCUUUCCAGCUCCCCGGCCCCGUCCUCCAGCUCUGCCCUGGCCUGCAGGACCCCCGAGUUCGCGCUGGCUGAGAUCAGCCCAGCAGCUUCCUUCCUGGAGUCGCGCAGUUGGCGGGGCUUGGAGCAGCAGCUGGGCCAGACGCCCGUGACAAAGGCCGUGCCGGGCCGGAGGGGGAUUGCGAUCGCCUACGAGGAUGAGGCUUCUGGGUGACCCUGACCCUGCAGGAUGCCGCUGUUGGGAGACGGGCCCUGCGGGGCUCCAGCCUCCUGCUCUGGGUCACCCUGGCCCAAGCUAGGCCCAUGUGCAGCUCAGUCCUGGGGCCGAUGCUAACAGCUGCCCUCUCCUGCUGGGGCCUGGUAUCAGAGCUGGAUGCGGGAGUGCAGGAUUCUGGGGGCUGCCAGCACGGUUCUGGAUAUAGCUGUGUAUUAGUGAACCCCAUAGCGUUCGGGAGGCGACUCUGCGGGGUGGGUGUACACACAGAUACACCCACCCCCAAGCGGCCCACUCUGGCGUGACCCCACAUGGACAGGGGCCACAUGGGAGUGACCUCCCCUCCUUGCUACCCCAGCUGGCUGCUCCUAGGGGCAAGGCCUGUGCUGGGCAGGGGAUGGCCUCCGCCCUGAGCCUGUGUCCCCCCACUGCUGCCCAGUGCCAGAGGGCGGGUAGAGGAGCUUGACAUCCCCCCCGACUCCCCUUGCAGCGCGCGCCCAGCACUAGCCUGAAAAGAGCGAGGCAAAGGCAACCGGGUCUGAGGGCAGGAGGCGGUGCCCAGGCAGGCCUGGCUCAGCACCAGGGAGCUCAGCCGAGCUGCCCUGCUCUGCCAGUGGCUCUAUGGGACGUGCCGUGGGGGGAGCUGGGCUGGGGUGUGGGGGGCUGUGUGUUUCCCCUCCCCUGCGCUCUGUCUGAGGGAGCCCAGGCCCAGCUGUGGAGCGUCCCAGGGCAGGGGCUGCUGCUGCCACGUUUGCAGCCCCCCUUCCCCCCUGUGGGUUUGCUGGUUGCUCAUGGGCAGGGCAUGCUGGGCUGCAGCCCUAGCAGAGUCUGUCGGUGCCCAGCUCACCAGCUGCCCAGGGGCAGAGGGGUACCUUGCUACGGGCCCCAGCUCUGCCUCUUCCUAGGCCAAGGGUGGAUGCCAUGUUCCCUACUCUCUGCCUCCCUCGGGGUGCCCCACAAGGGGCAUGAGCCAGGCCCAAGUGCUCCAGGCACACGCUCAUGGGCACCUCUCCUGGCAGCCCCCAGCCCUGGCUGUGCCUACGGCUCUGGGCUCCUUCCGCCUGUGGGCUACAGGCAAAGCCAGGCCAGUGCUGAGGG